GCGCAGUACUAUAACCGGAAGUGAUGUCAACGGCCUGUUAACCUUAAUGAAUUUCGUUCUUUAAACAAGUAGCGGUUUAUUAAACAUCUUGAGCUGAGUAACGUUUGAAAGAAAGAAUUACACCAGCAUUCGGCGGGAGACGAUAGCACCUUCCUCACGGUGACAGCUGUGGUGUAGAUAAAGGACAUCAGGAAGAUCAGCCUCUCCGCAACAAGAAAGAAACAGUUGAGAAAGACCUUAGAAAUUUUCAUUACUUUUCAAGCAACAUCAAAGAAAAGUAUCCGCUACUUUCUAGUAUAUGACAUCCUACAGUUGCAUCUUUAAAACCCUUUAAGAAAACAUGUCAAACAUGGAGCAGAAUCGUAUGAGCCAGGUCAAGGUCAGCGCGAGCAAAACCCAAAACGGCCAGCGCCACCAGUCAAGUGCCUCUGAAGGGAUGUGGCAAGCCUUAUGUGAACCAGUAUCAAGCAUCCGUCCGGCACCAAUGCACUGCCGUGUCAGAGAUGCCGGAAGGGAAUUCCUCCAGCAUAACGAAACGUGCCAAUGGAUUCAACACAUGGUGGAGGAAAACGUGAAGGUGGUGCCAGUGUUGGUCGAUAAUCGUCAAGCUAGUGCGGUUGUGGUGGCGGACGUCCCCGUUGUGAAGAGCUCCUGUGAGAAUUUGCUGGAAGCGAGCAAGUCCCCCACCCAUGAAGCGGCGAUGCGCAUGCUGGAAGAACAGAGGGAGGAGUUGAUGGUGCAGCAGAAACAGCUGGACGAGAAGCUGCUCAAGCACGCUGAGGAUAAGAAGUACGUUCAGGAUCACGAGGCUUUGAAGCAGGCGGCACUGGCCGAGAAAGUGACGGAACGGAAGCAGCAUCAUGAACACGAGGGUUUGAAAAUGGCGGAAGUGGCCCAGAUGGAAUGGAUCAAUAAGAGUAUCCAGGUGACUCCCACCGUCAAGCUGACACAGUCGUACGCUCCCCCACUAGCUAACCGACGAAGACUUAAGGGAUCCCUUGCUCAAAGCUGUGCUCUGAGAGACGAGGGCACCCUCGGCAGUUUAUUGUGGCAAACAAAAUCUUCCUUUGACGAGUCUCAAGAGGCGGAGAGAGUCAGCGCAGAGUACAAACGAACAAACCACAGCCAGGUUCAUGCCAACAAAGAGAUAAGAUCAAAUUUAAGUAUGUCAACGCUGACAGAAAAUGCGAAGGAUCAUGACAGCCAUUUGGCAUAUGAUAGUUCAAUUGUGCCCAGCUAUUGCACCAUCACCAACGACUACGAUCGUUAAAAAAUGAAACACCGAUGAACAAGUUAUCCAGAUUUUUGUGUUUUGAAAGGCCAGACUUGGAAUUUAAGAGCAACUGUUCCAUUGUUUUGGCCUAAUUACAAAUAUUUUUUUUUUAAAUUAAAAUUACAUUUAAAAAAGAAGCUAAUGUAAGUCAUUGCCAGAUACAAGGUUUUUGUUGUAUUCAUUUUCAAAAUGAAAUCCAAAUUAGAGUAAACUUGUAAAUCAAUAAUGAUUAUUAGAAAGGUUGAGAUUUAUGAAGAUGAAAGGGAAUGUUAAAUUUUUUUAAAGAAAAAAAAGAUUUUAUACAAACAUCAUACAAUGAAAGCUCUUAUUUAUGAAUACAUAAAUUAUUAAUGAUCUUUUCGUUUAAAAAUAUUAAAAUAAUGUAUCCUUUCUUAGGCUCUAUGUUCUUGUAUAAAAUCUUAAAGUUUAACUUCUUCUUUACAAAAAAAGUGUUAUAGCUAUCAUUUAUCUAAAAGUUUAAUUUCUUCUUUACAAAAAAAUGUUAUAGCUAUCAUUUAAAAGUUUAAUCUCUUCUUUACAAAAAUAAAAGACUGUUGUAGCUAUCUUUUUUUUUUACAUUGUAAUUAAGAACUACCUAAGAAUGUAAACAGUACUCUCUGAGUAGAGGUACAUAAGAUGAAUAUAUUAAAACCAACAAUAACAUU